UUGUGGAUCUGUUACGGAUCUUUCACGCUCAUGCGGUGAGAAAUAUCGACACAGUAUAGACCAGAAACGGUGACUUUAGACGUUUGUUUUUGUAGAGCUCUUACUUUUUUGAGCUGUAUUUUGGACUCAGUUUUGAUAGAAUUCAAACUUUAAGAUCUCUCUUCCUAUUUCUUUCGUCUCAAUAACGCUAUUAAUGCAGGCCUAUUGUGUGUAUCAGCUCAGCUCAUCUCUCUUAGACCAUCUCAGCUGUGUCUCAGUCCACAGUAAGGUGGCUCAGUGUUAACUCUGCACAUGGAGACUUAAAGGAUGACCCAGCGGCUGUUUUACUAGAGUUAUCUGGCCGGGAGACGAGCCGAUCGGUGUGAUGAAGGAUCGACUGGCUGAGCUGACUGCUAGUAGGACACAAGCAGAGGAGGAUGUUGCAGUCACAGUGGACAGAGAUGGCUUCAUGGAGAGCUUUUUCAGAAGGGUGGAAGAAGUCAGAGGACUCAUUGAUAAGAUCUCCUACCAAGUGGAAGAGGUGAGGAAGAUGCACAGUAUGAUCCUGACUGCACCCAACCCUGAUGACAGAACAAAGGAUCAACUGGAUGCACUGACCAAUGAUAUCAAAGGGAAUGCCAACGUGGUGCGGAUGAAACUAAAAUCCAUGGAGCAAAGUAUGCCCAAAGAUGAUGCAGCUAACAGAGCCUCUGUUGACUUCAGGAUCCAGAAAACACAGCACACAGUGCUAUCCAGGAAGUUUGUGGAGGUCAUGACACAGUACAAUGAGACGCAAGUGUCCUUUCGGGAAAGAAGCAAAGGAAGGAUCCAAAGACAGCUGGAGAUAACUGGAAGAGUGACCACCAAUGAGGAGCUGGAGGACAUGUUAGAAAGUGGAAAUCCAUCAAUCUUCACAUCUGAUAUCAUUUCUGAUUCCCAGAUCACUCGUCAGGCCGUAAAUGAGAUAGAGUCACGACAUCAGGACAUCAUUCGUCUGGAGUCAAGCAUCAAAGAACUCCAUGACAUGUUCAUGGACAUGGCAAUGCUGGUAGAGACUCAGGGGGAAAUGGUCAACAACAUUGAGAAAAAUGUCUCCAACGCAGCCGAAUACAUUUUUCGUGCAAAGGAAGAGACCAAAAAAGCAGUGAGAUACCAGAAAAAAUCACGGAGGAAAUACAUUAUCCUUGCCUUUGCUCUGUUGAUCCUGCUUGCUGUCAUUGCACUAAUUGUUGGCCUGUCUGUUGGACUAACCAAACCUCCUGUAUGAGAUCUACUGUGAUUACUGCAUGAGAAACUUCUUUGCCUUGCCAUGUGUGGAGUUGCAGGUUUCCUCCUUUUACUCAUCAUAAUAGUCGGAGUCUUUGAAUGAUGGAUUUCAUGGUUCACAACCUCACAGCAGUCAGCUGCUCCUGUAGAGAUGAGGCAGGGAACAGCUUCAUAAUAAGACUGACAGUCACUAUCCAACAGCAUUACAGAGAUGAUCUCUUGACCAGAGUGAAGUAAGUAUAAUGUGUGUGACCCACUUUGCGCCAGUAACAUCAGACCUCAUGAUACACUGUUCUGGAGCAAUUCUUUACGGCUAGAAUAAAGCGUCCUGUCUGCACAUAUCUCUUUUCCUUAGCUGUGAUAUAAUGAACACUGACAGCACAUCAGAUUUAUACACUGGUGUACGCUCUGUAUUGCUGCCAUUUUUUUCAUGUUGGGUAUCGCUUUCAGACAUUUCUUGGUCUGAAGACUUUAAAGGAAUAGUUUGACAUUUUGAGAAAUAUGCUUAUUCGCCUUCAUGCAGAGGGUUAGAUAAGAAGACUAAUACCAUUCUCACGUCUUUACAGUAAGCAUGGGUCGACCCCCAGCAGCCUUACAGCUUAGCUUAACAUAAAGACAGGAAACAGAGAAACAGCUAGCCUUGCUCUGUCUAAAGGUAAAGAACAUGUAACACAUUACGAUUUUUACAGAGGGAUUAUGCCCCAGACUAUUUCAUGGCUGGGUGCAGUAAUUUCCUGAAGUCUUGUUAUCAUUGUCAUUAUCAUUUGCUGGUUGGCAGGGCAAUGAGUGAAGGCUCCAGGAAGUCACUACUGCCGGUACAUCCAUACACCCCCUCAUAAAACUACAAUGUGUCAUUGUUACACUUCUGUUUGUGUACAGAACAAACAAACAAGAUAUAUGGUGGACUGUGGUGGACUGUGAGCCUUAGAGGUGCUGCUGGGCUAAUUUUGUCGCCUUUGGACAUAAACAGUCUAGCUGUUUCCCUUAGUAUCCUGUCUUGGAACUUAAGCUAACCUGUUGGCUGCAGCUUCAUAUAUAUGAAUAUAUAUAUAUAUAUAUAGCGCAUAAACAUGAGAGUGGAAUCAGUCUUCUCAUGUGUUUCUCCCAAGAUGUAAAAUAUUGCUUAUAUUAACUAUUGUAUCAUCCUUAUGUUCUCUUGUCCUUUUGUAUAUCUACUGUAACUCAUUUGAACUGAAUGUAAAACUACUACAGCUCAGGAGUCCCGUAGGAAUAGAAAAAUGUAAAAAUAACAAAACAAAAACAACAUUAUAUGCCCUGUAAGCUUUCUAGUUAAUUGUGUUUCAAUCAAAAGAAAUAUUUUCGGUCAAUUGAAUGGAAUUCAUCAAUUCAUUUAAGAAACUUACAAAAGUGCCUUCUUUAUGUUUAAUAUGAAACCUUAACUUAUUGAAUUGUAUUUAUCACAAUCACUGUGUGUGAUGACUGAAAUAUUAGUUGUGAAAAAAUCAUUUCAAGAGCACACGUUUUCAUUUUGAUACAAUUGAUUCAUUUUUUUUAAUGUUUUUAAGUUAUAUCUUGUAUUUUUAUUGAAGAACAAUAAUUAAGUCAGGUAAUUAAAAAUAAAGUGUAAAAAGUCUUUGCAGAA